CGGCGCAAUAGCUUUAUUUCGGUUAUUUUUAAACCGCUUUGCGCUGCCUCGAUUUUGUGUGGUUAGGUAUGUCAGUAUGUGUUUUCUGUUUGUGUACUGUACACAUUUUUAAUAAUGUCGUGGAGUAGAAAAGAAGUUUCUGUGUUGAUCGAAGCAUAUCAAAAACAUGCUUGUUUUUAUGCUACAAAAUCACCACAGUAUAAAAAUAAACAUGCAAGGCUUGAAGCUUUGAAUAAUAUUUUAAACGAAUUAGUGCCAGUAAAACCAGGUGUCACCAUAAAUGAAAUCAAAUCAAAAUUUUUCUCAUUAAAAACAACUUUCCUGACAGAAUUUCGGAAAGAAAAACAAUCUCAUCGCUCCGGUGCCGGAGGAGAUACAGUAUAUGUACCGACAUUAUGGUAUUAUGAAAAAAUGAGAUUUGUUCUCGAGCACCAUGCUGCCCGGAAAUCUGUCGAUAGUUAUGGUUCAUAUGAUAUAACAACACAAGUGGAGUCAGAAACCCAUGAGAUAGUUGACGAAGAGUACAUUGAAGAAUACACUGAAUAAGAUACGCAGGUGUUUAACUUAUAACAUUUUUUUGUCAGGGCUGUUACGGAACCUUAUUGUUAUAGGAUCGGGACGAUGAUGUAACAAUAUAUGAAGUCGAGGAGGGUGGUUUAUUAAAUUUAGUUUCGGAGACACCUCGAAAUGUAACGCCAUCUAAUACUCCGAAGCAACAAAAAAGAAAAAAGAAUGAUCAGUCCGAAAUGCUGCAACACGUUGCUGGGGCAAUGAGCACUCUAUCGAAUGCCAUUGCUCAAAAACAAAUACAGAAGAAGCAGACUUUGACUUCAAAGUAUACUGCAUUUGCAAAUUUUGUAGAGGCAAAAUUGUCACAAAUGAGUGAAGACCUCGCAGACGAAGUCGAAGAAGAAAUCACAAAAUUGUUAUUUAAAGGCGUAAAAAGAUCAAAACAAUAACUAAGUAUUAUUUCAUCAAUGUAAUCUAUUUUAUUAAUGUUAUUGUACAUUUUUGUUUGUAAUGGUUACAUUAUUAACUAUGCAUAUCAUAAAUUUUAUUUGUUUUACAUAUUAUAU